AAGGAAUGCAGCGUGAACAUAGCAACUGUGUGUUGAAUUGCUCACUGUGGGGCGUUAUAUGUAAGAGGCAAUACCUGUCUUUAUUCAAAAGCCGUUCAGAACGUAGGUGAUAAUCAGUUUCGGGAAUCGAAAUGGAGAAGUUUAAUGGAAAAUGGGAGUUGGUGACAGGAUCGUAUGAAAAUCUUGAAGCAUUUUCAGAGAAAAUGGGAGUGCUAAAAGAAGAAGUAGAAAUGCUAAAGAAUGCUGUUAUGACUACAACCAUAAAGAUGGAGGGAAAUAAACAGCGCAUGACCCUUGAAUGCAACGGUGAACCAAUGAAACAAGAGCUCUGCUUUACCGAAGGAGAACCUUUGGAGUAUAAAGGAUUCGAAGGCUCAAACAUGACAUCGGAUUACAAGUGGAACGGUGACAGAAUUGCCGAGAAGCACAAAGCCGAGAAGGACGGGACCACAAGAGAAUGGACUGUAGAACGAUACAUUGAGGGGGACAUGAUGGUCGCAAAAUCGACGAAGGAUGAUGUCUCCAUGACCUACAAGAUGAAGAAGAUAUAGACCAGGAUCCGUUCUGCUGGAAGAUGAAAGAUAAAAGAGUUGUGUUUCCCCGUGUUGCCACAUAGUACUACCCCGCUUCAUGCUUCGGGCUACAGUGGACCUAGGUCCCGUUCCACAAAGCGAUCAUAGCGCUACGGUUGUCAUAAGUCCAUGUCAAAGUAUGGGAGUUAUGAUCGUCUUAGCGCUAAGAUCGCUUUGUGAACCGGGCCCUGUGCUGAAAGUUAUACGUGUGUGCCACUAAUGCAGUUUAAACAACACACGUCCCUGUAAUCCUUUAUUUCGCGAUUAUUCUCAGGCGUAAAUUGGACAUUCAACGUGUCGACAAUGAUUUCUGAUGAAGAAUAUACAUUUUGCAUUUAUAUCUAUCGAUUGAUGCAUUGACAGCUUUGGAACGUUAAACAUACCUGCCAAGGUUCAAACGCUGUUUUUUUACAUUUCCGUUUUUCACAUCCCUAAUUUCUUGAGUGUUAUAUCAAAGGGAGACUACUCUCUGGCAAAUUUGAUUUAUGUCCCCCAAACACUACCGUGUGUGCCUGCUAGUUCGUUACCGGUAUUGCAAGGAUACUGUCUCUCUUUCAACCACGUAUUAAUUGCAAAUUCCAUCACGGUGAAGAUCAAUAUCAAAGAAGUUACGAUGAAGACAAUGGGCACAAUGAGAGAAUUUGAUUUUUCUGCUCUGCUUCUCCUGUCUCAGCGUGUUUAACCACGGAUAUACGGGACAUGCAACAGAACGAGACACACACGAGAUUUGUAUCAUUUUGUUUAUCAUUUAUAACGUCCACUAUUGUGACAUUUUGAUUUGCGAGGGUGCAUAGCUUUUACAAAAGUGAAAUAAAGACGUCUUGAACAAGA